AUUUGAAUUUGCUUAUGUCGAAUAAAACUUAUAAUUAAAAAUCUUAUUAUUUUAUUUUGUGAAAUCUGUUUAACAUUUACAAAGGAUUUCCUUGACCUUAAUUAAACGAACUGAAAUGAAUGUUGAUUCUCAUUUGGAUUUUAUUAGAUGGCAUUCAGGUUGCUAAUAUGGCAGAAAUCUAUUUUCCCUAUUAUUUGUUGCCAAGAAAAAUAUAAGGCGGAAUUGCUCUUUUAUUCGUAAGUUAUUACGUAGAUUUUCCGCGAGUGUUCUAUACUUUUGUGAAUACGUUUUAAAAGAAGUGUGGUGAUCGUGAUUUUUUAUCAAUUUUUUUAUGUAUGCGUAUAUUUUGUCCAUGUAACUUAAGAUAACAGUGCUUUUCUUCUUUGUUUCUGUUAAUUGUAGAACGUAUAAUUUGAAAAAAUACGUUCGCUUCAAUUUUGUUUACUCCGAUACCUAGUUACUGCAAUGAAGAGACAGUAACAAAGAGUUACAAUUCGCGAAAAACACAGUUCAGUACACAGCACUCUUUGCUGACAGAUACUCUUGAGUUGUUACUGUGUUGUCUAUCAUAUGCUAUGGCAAAUCUGAAUUUUCAGCAACCCCCACGUAGUAUAGCAAGUCAAAGCUUGACUAGAGGCGGGUUUAGCUCAAGUUCUCUGUCUGGCCAUGUCACUCCAACAUCAGGAAUGUUCCCGGGGACAACAGGCCUCACUAAUUCCUUUACUCCUCAGCCACUUUCACCAAAUAGAAACCUUCCACCAAUGGGUAAUAGGGGAUUGUUUGGUCAACGAGCAUUUGCAGAAAGGCGACCUAUUCCUGGCCUUGGGAAUUCCAACCCUAUGGGUAGCAUGGGCAGCUUUGGAAUGCCACAGAGCAGAGCCUAUGGAUCGCAAGGCACAAUCAACAACUUCCAUUCUGUGUUCGGAGGAGGAGGCGACACGAGUACACCACCUUUGUUGGACCUCUCAGAGUUCCCUUCCCUCACCAACAGAGGGCAGGGGGAUUCGAUGCCUCAGCCUAGCCCCAUGCCUGGUAAACAGCCUUACGUGGGCAUGGUGAAGCAACCGACUGCAGAACCGAGUGAGUUUACCAUGAGUUCAGAAGACUUUCCUGCGUUACCUGGCACACAGAACACUGAUGGGCCUUCACCAGGGGGUAGUGUUUCUGGAGAUAAAGGACUAACAGGGGUAGGAUCUGAUCUCAGUCAAGACUCAACACCUGCCAAUAGAGCUCCUGGAGCGGAAAAGUCACAAGCAUCGAAGAGAGGGAUUCAGACAUCACCUGAUGGUAAAGUCACACACAUCCCAGGCAGCAUGGUGAAAGACCAAUUUGGGAUGGUUGGCCUUCUUACAUUCAUCAGAGCAGCAGAAACGGAUCCAAAUCUUGUAUCGUUAGCAUUGGGCCAAGAUCUAACAGCGCUGGGCCUUAAUCUCAAUUCACCUGAAAAUCUUUAUCCCAACUUUGGAGGGCCAUGGGCGGAAACACCUUGUAGGCCCCAGGAUAUAGAUUUCCAUGUUCCACCUGAAUAUCUCAUUAACUCUGCUAUCAGAGAAAAACUUGCCCCUGUAAAACUCAAUCGGUAUAAAGACGACCUCUUAUUCUAUAUGUUUUACACAAAUGUUGGUGAUGUUUUGCAGUUGGCAGCAGCAGCUGAGCUGUAUAGCAGGGAAUGGCGGUAUCAUACAGAAGAGAAAGUAUGGAUAACACAGGCCCCAGGUAUGGGCAUUGUUGAGAAAACUUCCACCUAUGAGCGAGGCACCUACUACUUCUUCGAUGCACAGAACUGGCGAAAGGUAGCCAAGGAGUUUCACCUUGACUACAAUAAGCUGGAAGGCCGACCACACCUCCCUCCAUCAUUCCACCCUACCCAAGCGGUGGUAUGACCACAACAAUGAGCUCGCGGCUGGACAGAAUGGUUUCACGACACAAGCCUUUGCGGUAACACCAGCUCAUUUUGCUAAAGUUUUCUUAAACGUAUGAUCUAAAAAAAAAUGGAAAAAAAAGCAUCUGAUAUGCAAGUACAACUCAUUCCACACAAUGAAGUACAAGUUAUUAUAUUGUUGGCCUUUUCAUGUCACUCACUUGUAUGCAUAAUUUAAAAAUAUAUAAAAAGCCGAUCAUGUGUUCAAGAUCUUAUGCAAGAUGAACUGACCUCUGUAAUGGUUCUUUUGUUGUGAAUCUCUCUCUGUCAUGUACAAUAAGGUGACCGUGGACUGAACCUGCUAGUCCUUCUGACUCAUUCCUUGGCCAUGCAAGUGGAUACAUGGACUUUAUACUUAUGCUGAGGCUCGGAAAAGGGUUUUUAUUUUUAAGGUUUAUAAUUUUUAUUUUUUUGUUUCGAGAUCUGUAAGUAGGAAAUGAAGUGUUUUGAGCCAUGUGUAAAGAAAAAAAGUAAGAUCUUUAAAGUAAAAAUGUCAAAUAUAUACUUCUUUGUUUUAUUUGUGUGGUGAUACAAGUGUGUGAGUGGGUGUGUAACCUGGUGAUAAGUUAACGUAUAUAUAAGUUCUUCCCUCCAUUAUUUGCAGCCAGGGAUACUCGCGGAUUUUACUUG